UUGCUCUCAAGUACGGAAAACUAGUACUUACAUUGGGGGAUGUUUGAAUUAAACAGUUGAUUAACGGAACUUCGUACUUCCAGAACUUCAGUUUAAUUCGGAACAUCAAAGCUACGCGUAACUGAAACGUUUCCGUAGCGUUGAAGAGUGAUAUGGAACAGUGAAAGUAUGAACUAGGUGUUUUUCACCAUUGUACAAUAACGUAACAUAUAUUUUAAUGGAAUGUUCCGCGAGUUGUUGCUCUUAAAACAUUCUAAUAUCUGUAUUCGUUGUUGCUUCUGUCGGGAAUCGGUACAUCAGCGCAGCAAGUUUCCUAGUUAGUUCAAUGGACCACCUUGGAUGAUUCACAUGCCUCCUCAAUUUGCUAGUUGUCAAAAGGGUAUUCUAAGUAGCAAGCUAGUUAGAUAAUUCGCUACCUAGUAAUAAUGAAUAUAACUGACGUUCGCUAAUGUUAUCGUUUUAAAAAGCACAGUUAGCCAACGUUAAUGUGUGAGAUAGUCUACUUAUACCUUAAGCUUCCUCGUGUUUGAUUGCUAGGCUGCUAGCUAACAUAGUUGCAAACCUGUAUCUGAGGUGUAAGGCUAGUCUACAGUCCAUAUCUGCAGCAAAGUUGUGAGAAAGUAACAACUAACGUUAGUUGGAUACCUGUACAAUUUAUCAUUUGGAUCAGUCAUUUUAAAUGUUGAAGUUUAACUUAGUUGCAGAAUUCACAUAUUCGUAUCCUGCAGAAUAUUUUAUUUUAUAGACAGGUUGGUGUAAUAGAGCUGGGGGUGAUGGGUUCUUUCCUGUUCCCUUAUCUGAACCUUCACUUAAAAUACACGUUUCCACUACUAAUUUCUAGGCCCUUGUUUUCUGUCAAUAAAGGCGAUUCGUUCCUUUUCAAACUUGUCAAGCUUCCGAACGCUCCUUACUCAGAAAAAGAACGGAAUCGAUACGUUGGAAGUUACAAGAAAGAAAGUAAAGCGAAAUACGUUAGUGACAAAGAAAGACCAGUUUAUUCCAGAUCCGUAUUUGCAGCAGGAACAGCUAAGAAAAUAGCCCAGUUAUUGAAGAAUAAGUGUGGAGAUGAAGCACCAGAACAGCCGGAGCAUAACCAGAGAGGCCAAGACUUUGAACUUCCAGACCAUCCGCUCACCCCAGCAGAAUGGAGGACUGUAAAAGAAAAUGACAGAAGCUCUCGUCGAUUUGAAAUUCGGAUGAUUACUAGAAUGUUGUCUACAGGGGCAGAUAUUGACGUGGCCAAAUCUCUUCUAGCGUAUGUAGCGUUAGAGACCGGAACUUUAUCGUAUGAAUUGCUAUUGAAGUACCUGGCCCUGUGUGUCCAGGGCAACCACCACUCGGAGGUCUUCGACGUCUAUGAUAUCAUGAAGAGUCGCUUCAAGGCUUUGGAUACCGGUGCAUGCAGUUUGUUUGUCAAGGGCUUCAGCAGGACUGAACGCUGGAAAGAGGCGCUGCCCAUUUUGGAGAACAUGAAAAAAGCGAUCGUUCCAUCCGCACGCAACUAUGGUGACGUAAUCGAUGGGGCUUCGCGAUAUGGUGACAAUGCAGCCGCGUGGGCAUUGUACAGUGAGAUUCUUGACAAGGGCUUAAUCCCCAACCAGGAGACGUGGCAGACAUUGUUUGAGAGCGGCCUUUCGGACCCUAGCAACGUUGAAAGACUUCAGUCUGUACUGUACUACAUGAGAGACAAUCAGAUCUAUCCAAAGGAGUCACUGACCAAAAGCAUCAAAGCUUGGUUUGAGAGGCUUCCAGGUGAUAAAUGGAAAGGAAGCUGGUCCACUGCUGUACCUAGUGCUGUGUGUCAGAGCUGCCAGGCCAGACUGGAGUCCAUUCAGCUCAGUGAGGAGGAGUACCGGCAGCUGAAGGAUCAGGUGAUGAAGGACGUCAUCGAGGGCCGGGACGUCUUCAACAAGACCACCCCUGAGGAGCUGGAGAGCUUCAAGGCUUUUGUGAAGCGGAAACCAGCUUUCGAUGUGGUCGUCGAUGGCCUCAAUGUGGCCAACAUAACCGCCAAAGGGAGUCAGUCUGAGACGCUACUGGCUGUGGUGUCCGCACUGGAGCAGCAGGGCCUGAGGAUCCUGGUUCUGGGCAGGAAGCACAUGCUGCGUCCCUCCCGUAGCUGGGACAGACAUCACAUGAGCCUCGUCCAGAAGAAGGCUCACUGCUUCUUCACUGACAACAUUUCUGAGGAUGACCCCUUCCUCCUGUACGCUGCCCUGCACUCUGGAAAUCACUGCAUCUUCGUCAGCAGGGACCUGAUGCGGGACCACAAGGCCUGCCUGCCCAACGGUGCCAUCAGACGCCUCUUUUUCAAGUGGCAGCGCGGGCACCAGCUUGUGCUGAGCACUUUCGUCCCCGGGAAAAGGGUUCGCUUCCAGCAAAUACAGAGUUUUGACACCAUCAUUCAGACAGACAGAACAUCCUGGCACAUUCCUUAUGAUGAGGACGGGGGUGACCGAUGCACAUAUGAAGUGCCUCAGAAGUGGCUCUGUCUCUCCAGGGUGGACUAAAGCAAAAUGACCUUGUUUCUCUUUGGCACAUUCAGUAAAGACCAUUGGUCAGACCUUAUUUAAAGGGGAUCUGCUUUAAAAAAAAUAAAAUAAAAAAAGUUAAAAAUUAUUUCACAAAA